CAGGAUCAUCAAUUGUUCGACGAUACACGCCCCCCUCACCCCAACGAAAUCCCCCCCACUAUUGGCUUUCAUUUUGUGGUUGUCUCGACCAUGUUGGGAUCGUUCAUGCACCGUCGAUGCUCGUCGUUGAUGCUGCUGCUGAUCGUUUGCGGCUGCUCGCUGUGGACAGUAUCUGGGCUUGACGAUGCCUUCUUCGUCCCUGCAGACUUGUCGGACCCCGUCGUGAACAAGACCGCCGAGGCAUUCGUAGACGAGUACGCGCUGUUUUUGUCCGAUGUCUUUGCGGUCGUGCCUGAGAGAACGGUGCUGGAAACCCUCGUAUACAAGCACCCCCUGGCCAUCCGCGAUAAUGACGGCGGCGACCUCGUGUACGAACCAGGGUUCACGUACAAGUUGCUCGUAAUGUUCAAAGUGCAAUGGGACUCGCCCGGAUUUCGUGCGACACCGUUUGUGACUGUGGCCGAGUGCAUUUACGUAUGUGUGAAGGGCGCGGAUGGCAACAUGAGUUGCGAAGGAAAGCAGUUCAGUCAAGUGGACCGCCACGACUUGGGGGUCCAUGCCCCUGGUGGUGCUCUCGCCUUGAGCUACAUCAAAUACUCGCUGACCCACGCCUACGACAACGCCCGCAUGACUCUGACUGCGUACGAGACCCAAGACGAUGUGGACUUGGUCGAGUAUGUGCAGUUUCAAGUAGAAGACGAACCGGUGAAAUGCGAAGGGGUCAUCUACACCCGUCGGCGCACGGUUGGUGUAGAGCCGAAGAAGCUCUUGUACUUUGACGAUGCUUGCAUCCAGGCCAAGUACAACGGACUCAGUCUGGAUGCAUUUGAACAUCGUCAGCGCACCGACAUUGGUGUGUUCCUCGUUGGGCUUGCGCUCGCGGCAUCAGUAAUCGCGGGCGCCGUCGUGUAUCGUCGACGAAUUCUGGCUGGAAAAGGAUUAUACCGUAGCAUGCACAUUCGCUUUGGCGGAGGCGAAACAGUCUUGUAAAUGUCAACAAAAAUGACCAAGGCUGACUUCGUGUGUCGAGGCUGUACAGUGCAUAUACCAUGCGAGAGCGCUCGUCACCACGGCUUAUUCUUCCAAAUGUUACAUAUGGCCAUUCCACACACCCGAAGCUAACGGUGCGCGGCGCUACCGUUAACAACAGUUAUACUUCGUAGAUAGGAGAUUCGUAGUCUGAUCGUAUGUGUUGCCUUCGAUGUGGGCUUCAAUGGUGUUCGCACAGUCCUGCAUGGCCCAAGCCAGUGGCUGCGGCGGUGACCUUUGGAAGGUGAU